UGUAUUUUGCUUUCUUUUAGGGUUUUGAUUUCAAUUACCAUGAUUCAUUCAAAAAUGCAGUAGAAGCCUAUGCCACUGCUGAAUGUACCCUAGCGUCAUCAACCAUUCAAGGACUGGAAUCUGUACGUGAAGUAAAACUCACUGUUGAAGCUGAUGUUGACAAGAAUUAUUUGUUUGAAGAUAACCAAUCAACAUUGAAUUUACCAUUCACUAAUUUUCAUUUCUUACCAUACAGUGAGGAAGAGAAUUUUCAAAUCUCACCUCAGCAGUUGGACAUUGUAGACCACCAUUGUGACUUGUUUAGGAAACUAAAACAAAUUAAAGCUGAAACAGAUGAAAUUCAAAAGACAGUAGAAGCAACAUCAGAUGCUCUUAAGAACAUGUACAAACAAUGGGAUAAUGAAAUGAUGAAGAUGGCAAGUGGCCAAGUAGAAUUAUCUCAAGGAAUGCUCAGCUGUCAAUCUAUUAAAGCAAGCUGUGAAGAACUAGAAUUGUAUUUUGUUAGUAAAUUCAAGGAGAACAUGAUGACAAAUAGUCUUAAAAUACAACUUGACGCACAGAAUGAUAUAUUAGCAAGGGCUUUAGGUGAAGUAACUGAAGACACUGUUGGCAAGAGAGCUGCUUACCACAAGCAACUAGUAAUCGACACGAAGUCACCCCAAGCAGCAGCCAUCUUGGAUUCUGUACAAAAGAAAACAAAGAUAUUUGGCUGUAACAUGAGUGAAUACCUGAAGAUAACAGGGAGGCAGAUACCAGAAGUAGUGGAGAGUUGUGUACGUUUUAUCAAAAAAUUUGGUCUUGAUCAUCCAGGCAUAUUUCGUCUGUCAGGAUCAACAACUGAUAUCAACGAUAUGAAACAACUCUUUGAAGCAGGUCGUGAUCCUUUAGCUGGCUUGAACCACUGGAAGGACAUCAACGCCGUUGCGGGUCUUUUACGUGUUUAUUUUCGUGAAUUAGAUGAUUCUUUGUUCCCAAAGUCUCAUUAUAAACAGUUUUUAGAAGCAAGCAUGGGUCAGCCGUCAGAAGAAGAGUUGAUCAAGAAUGUUGCGUCUGUGGCAAGUUCUCUUCCAGAACCCAUCAUCAUUGUCAUGAGAUUUUUGUUUAGAUUUAUUAAUCAGGUUUCCGAACGCCAUGAACAAAAUAAGAUGGAUGCCCACAACUUAGCUGUCGUCUUUGGACCGACGCUUCUCCGAAUACCUUCCGAACAAGAUAUGAUCGCCUAUCAAAGYCACGUGAAUGGCAUGAUGGAAGUCAUUAUUAAAUACCCUGAUCAGAUAUUCCCUGGCGAAACCGAGGUAGACUCGGCACAACUGUCUGAAGCCGAGGAGAGUGAUAGCGAUGAAGAUUUCUGUCCAAGAGAUGCCGAGGCGUUGUAUGACUAUUCAGCGCGUUCUGCUAAGGAGCUAUCUUUCAAGAAAGGGGACAUUAUUCGAGUGUUUAAAAGGUUUAAUAAGGACUGGUGGGACGGCACGUUAAACGACACGGACGGAUUUGUUCCCGCUACUUACAUUAAACUAUUUGACGUCGAUCCAAACGACUCUGURCCACUCUCCCCUACGGGAGACGGGCUACCAAAAUCAUCCUCAGUCAUCUCACCUGGGGAUGGUUCCCCGUUUAGGCCAAAGGACCUAAAUGGACCACCUAGGGUUCCUAAAAGAGAAGGUUCCUUAAAGAAGCAUUUCGAGGUACCAAUACGUGCUAGCCCUGUAGCGCAGUCUCCUACGUCUGAAUCGCGCCCAUCGUCCCAGACUUCUACGCCUUUUGGAACUAAACAGGGCUUUAGAUUGGCAAUAUCGACUGAUGACAUUCUGAGUAAACAAAAAAAUCUACGUGCAUUACACAAAGAUGAAACACCUGAUAAUAUCAGUGAAGAGAAGUCGACAGAAGAAACCAAUAAAAGCUCAACAUUACCACGUAACCAUGGCUCGCCAUUAGUGUCUACCGAGGACUUGUCCAAAGUGGAAAAAGAUGACGUCGUUAAGAAAAACGAAAACGACCGAAGCUUUGAGAAGCGUGCUUACUCGUUGGAUCUCGACAAGACGCCMGACGAGGCAAAGCCGCUGGUUUGGCAAGUACGUGAAGCCACAGGAGGGACGCCCAAACAAGCGGAGACACCCCCCAGUCCUAGAUCUUCACUCGGACCACGAAUCCCCCCUGCCGUUAAGCCUAAACCUAAACCAAACCGUGGCCCUAAUCCUCCUUCUCGAGGCGAAUCUGGUACAGAUUUACUGGCUUCAAUCCACGCUGCGCAAGCUGCUCUCACYCACAGAACAAGUACAGAUGAUAAGAAUGAAGCGGAAAAAAGACGUGAAAGCCAAGGGUCUGUGAGCGAUGACACACAAUUGUUGUAACGCAAGUGAGUCCAGACCCCCCUGAUAUCACAAGGAUCAUAGGUGAUACGGUUCUUCAAGGUUGAGAUAUUUCAAUUGUAAAUACGUUCACUCUUUCUGUGCUUACGUUCCAUGUUGGGUUGAAUUAUUUAGAUUUCGGGGUUUUUUUUCGUCUUAAUGUGUUUGAAUGACCGUUCGCACAUCAGUUGAAGUUGCUGUUCUGGGUAGACAAUUAAUAGUUUGUAACAGCAAUDAUAAAAUCAUUUUAUUACCUGGGACGCGACUUAAAUCCUUAGUAAUUGGACACUCAUGACUAAAUGCUUGGACUGAGAUGCAUGGACUGGCUGCAUUGUUGCGAGCUGGUCAWRKUCAAGGUGRASCGAACGGCGUURAAGAUUCUCAGUCGCGCUCGACUGAAAACUAGCACGUGACAGUGCAGUGCUCUAUGUUAGCGUCCUCCACAGUAACUUUUCUGCGCUCAUCGUGACUCGCCCCAUUUCCGCAAAUUAUAUACAGUAAACCCCAAGAAUUAACAGAGCAAGUUGCAGUGAGGUGUGGAGAGGGGCUACAGCGCUGUCUCCCAGUUUAGCACGGCCUAUGACUUACAAUUUUUCAACAACAAAAAAUGCUAAAGGCAACAUGAAUGCUCAUGUGAAUGCACUAAAUCACGAUCUUCAACUGGAGAUUUGCAAACGUAAUGUCCAUUCACGACAGUACCCAGGUWCAGYGACCAMGAACAAUACCGCUGCAUGAGAACAGUUCGUUUAUKYUYACUGUAACUUGGUCACUGAACCUAAGUAUUCAAUAUCGUGGAUAAGUAAGGUAAUUCAUAUAAUUUUGAAAAGUAUAAAGAUUUUAUAGAUUUAAUGACUAGUGUUUUUUCUGAACGUCGGAAGUGAUUAGUUUCUCAGUAGUCACGUGACUUCGCGCGUUAUUUUUUCACCAUUCGAUUAUUUAAAAUGAGUUUAGAUCAAAUCAUGUGCUUGAAUUUUUAGCUCACAUGAUCAGAGCCUAGUGGUCACAUGACUUAUAUAUCAGUAUUGUCACGUGAAUAUCGCGUGGCAUUUCUAUUGUCCAUGAUGAGGGGAAUUUUUGUAUUCGCGAAUUUGUCUUUCCUAUUUCGAGUCGUGUACACGCGCUCGUCCGACCCCAUGUGCGUGUGGACGCAAAAAUCAUUGCAUUUAAAACAAUUACGGGUACAAAAAUACCCUGCAUGGUUAGGACCGUMSCAGACAUAUUUCGAGGUUGACGGAGAGAGCCGAACCGCUAAAAAUGUCUGUUACGGAGGCCAGACAAUACUAACGUUAUUGGUCUGUUUCUAAGUGUUGUGUUCGCCUCCAUAAAAUUGUAGAUAAAGUACUAUUGUAAAAUGAUAUUAGACAACUAGAUGAUAAUGUUAACGCCCCGCACUAUUAUACUGCUUAUGGAACUAUCAUCGAGAAGGCACGAUUAAUACGUUAUUAUGUAUGUUAUCAACCAGUCCAGUAUUUAUAUGACGUGCAGCAGUCAAAAUGUUAGAACGAAUUGCUAAAAGUUGAUAGGUGUCCUUUGCACGACGCUCAAUUUUACUACAAAGACCAGAAUACUUUAUUUUCAUUCUUAUUCAUACUUUUAUUCCUUUUUGAUGAGUAAAAUAGCGAAUGUGCAGCGACGCCAUUUUGUACAGCAAGGCAWGAUCGYAGUUGUAGUCCUCCCACUUUUUAUAAGACUCUUAAAAUCUCCCUAAAAAUCGUUUCCAUGCUUUAUUUGUAUAAUCGGCUCAAUUUUCUCUAUUUUUGCCAAGAGAAAACUUGGACAUGAAAAAUUAAGGACAAUUACUCYCUUAUGCUUUGUUGCACAAAAUGGCGUCGCUUCUCGGACCACCUAUUGGCAAUAAAUACAUCAUCAUGAAAGGAAACUUAGCAAAGGAUUCUGGUCUUGGUAGUAUUUAACGCAAUGUGCAGAUUUUCCUAGAAAAURAAAUGCGUACGUUUUGCUUUAUGUCUUGGUAUCAGUAAAAACUGGACAGUAAUGCGCAAAUGAACGUCSUGAACGUUUAUUGCCUUGCAAUAAAAGAAUCCUAUGACUUUUUGCAGGUAAAACGAUUUGUAAUAGAGAAUAGAGUAAAUCUUUGUUUAGUGGAAUUAUUUUCUAGAAAUCAAGAAUUAAUUGUAAUAAUUUAUGAGAAAAACAAAUUAAAAGAACAAUUUUAUACAUGUU